AAUAUUUAUCAACAACACGGAGAAGAAGAAAACGGUGGAAUAAUAAAAUUCAAUUUCGACGACUCUCAUCAAUCAUCUUCGAAGAGUGUUCAAACACGAAUGAAACCAAAAAUAAAAUAAAUAAAAAAGUUAUGAUCUUUGACGAACAACGAGAAUCAUACCAAUGUCAAUUGCGUCAAUUCUGAUCAUCUAAGAAAAACAGAGAGACUUCCGGUAAAAGAAAUCAAUAAAGCUCGAGACUUUAGGACACGACACAGAGAGAGAGAGAGAGAAUGUCGAAUCCGAUGAUGCUGUCGGAGAAAUGGGAGAGCUCGAGUAAAACGAGCAGAAGAGAGCUGAAAAGGAGAGAGAGGAAGAUGUGGAAGAAACCCAUCAGGAUUUCAAGAUUGCCCAGUUUCACAUCCGAUCAGAUUCCGGUCAUCUUCUCCGGCUACACCGCCGAGUCGGAAGACUCCUCUUCUUCCGAGAUGUCUGAUGAUUCCAUCACUUACUCUACUAAAUCAUCUGACGUCGUCAACGAGAAGGAGAAGGUUGACCAGGAGGAAAGUUCAAAAUCGGUGAGGAGACUGAAGAGUAUGAAGGUUCUUAGGAGACAGUCAACGAGGAAAGGACUGAUGAAGAUGAGAUCUAUGAAGCGUGUUACUUCACAUUCAAGGAAGAAGAAGAAGAAUCUUGAUUUGAUUUCCAGGGAGGAGGACUUAGGAGGGCUGUUGUUAGAGCCUCAUUACUUGAGACCAACGAGCUCUUCAGCUUCCAAGAAUGUGGAGAACAUUCAGAAGAGUCUCCAAGUGGCUAGGUUGAAGAGAAUGACGAGUUUGAGAUACAAAGGGUUGCUCAAGGCUACUUGCUCUUCAGCUAUGAAAGGUUCUCCUUCUUCUAAGAAGAGUGAUGAUGUGUGCAAUUAUAGGUAUUGUUCUCUUCACGGUCGGCCUCAUAGCCACCACGCUGCGGAUAAUAAUAAUAAUAAUAAUAGCAGUGUUGUUCAUGUUCCGUCUCUGAAGCGGUUUGUGUCGAUGAGGAGGAAGUUUUUGAAGAGGCAGAAGAGUGUCAACCGGCGUUUGGUGCUGUUGAAGCGGACUUUGAGUAGAAAGAGAGGGCCUUCUGCUAAUCAAGAAUCAGAGCAUGUGGCUGAUGAUGAUGAUGAUAAUGCAGACGGAGAAACCAAUCAAGAUGUUUUCGAAGAAGAUGUUUCUAGCUGGGAGAACUGUGGAAGUGAAUCAGAAUCGAAUAGAAUAUCUACUGAGACUGUUGAUGAUAAUGGGGAUGGAGGCAAUGAUUCAGUGGAGGCUGUUGCAUCAGCUGGAGUAGAAUGUGUUGUCCAGGAAACUAAACCGGAAGUUAUGGAUGAUUCAUAUGGCAGAAUUGACAAAGAUAUGGAGGAAACUGUGACUGGUCUGGAUCAUGAUGAUGUGAAGGUGAAGAGUGAAGAAACUGUGGGAGAUAGUGAGGAAGUUUGCAGGGAUGGUUCUUCUGGCGAACUGCGAGAAGAGGAUGGAAAGAAAACUGAAAUGGUAUGGAAGGAUGAAGAAUCUAAACCGGAGAAUGUGGAUGAUUCAGAUGGAAGAAUUGAUAAAGCUUCCAAGGAAUCUAACAUGGCAGGUCUUGAUUAUUAUAAUGGGAAGAUUGAGGGAACUAAAAGUGAAGAAACUAUGGAAGAUGAUGAAGAUGAAAAGAACACCGAAGAUGUAUGGAAUGAUACUGUUACGCUUGUUAAGCAAGCUUUUGAUGAGAUACUUUCUGAAAUCACUGAUGAUGACUCGUCUGAUGAUGUUUCUGUUACAAAGAACGAUUCUUUAGAGGGUGAAUUGGCGAAAGAAUAUGAAGAUGACUCAAGUGAUUCAAGUGGCUCGGAAGUGAAGCCUAUUGAAGGAAGGGACACGAAUUUGACUGUAAUGGUUUCUACUUCUCACAUGGGAGAAGAAUCUGGUCAUAAUAAGAGAGGUGCCAAGAAGUGGAGUUACUUGAAAAGAGUAAUCCUUCUCAAGAGGUUUCUCAAGUCUUUGGAUCGAAAAGAGAGGCGCAAGUGUACUGAUGCUGAAGAGAAUGAAACAAUAAUGAGGUUGAGGAGAGAGUUGGUUGGAGAGAGGAAGAAUGCAGAGGAAUGGAUGCUUGAUCAUGCUCUUAGGCAAGUUAUCAAGACUCUUGCUCCACCGCAGAAAAGGAAAGUGAAACAUCUUGUCAAAGCUUUUGAAUCUUUGAUUCCUAUUGGUAGUAGCUCUAGAGGUCACUGUGGUCUUGGAAGUCCUGGAAGAGAAGAGAAGGAAACAAUGAACUCACAAACUAUCUUGAGACACAAUGAUGACACUACUGAUGAUCUACCAGAAGUUUUAUUAUCAGGAAAGGAUCUUGAAGAAACAAAGUUAACUAGAGAAGCUUCAUCAUCUCUGAACCUUGGUAUGAAAUCUGAUGAAGAUUUGGAAUCAAUAGCAGAUUCAAGUUCUAGUCAUCAUCCUGCUGUGGAGGAAGUAUUAGAUGGGUUGGCUUCAGGUUCAUCUAAAGAAGAAAAAGAAGAGAAGACAGGAGAUUCUGAAAAGAAAAACCUUUCUACAUGGAGGAACCUUAUACAGAAGCACAUGGGAGACAGUAACGAGAGAAAGGUUGAUGAAGCUGAGAAAGAUUACAGGUGGUCCUAUGGAACUAAUGAGAUGACUGAGAAAGAUCAUGGUGACGCUGCUGCUGCAACUAUUAAAUCGUUUCAGGAAGCAUUUGAAAUGAUCCUCUCUGAGAUCCCUGACUCGUCAUCUGAUGAAGAGAUUGUUUCGGAAUCAUCAUCUAACUCUCUUAAAGAGGAGAAAGAAGAAAAUCAUGGUGAGACUAAAAAGAAGAGCUGGAACAGCGUGAGAAAGGUGAUACUAUUGAAAAGAUUUGUGAAAAGCUUGGAUAAAGCACAUGUUUUCAAUCCGAGGAAGCUGCGGAAUCUACCUGUUGUUUCUGAACUGGAGGAGGGAGAAAAUGUAUUACUAAGACGUCGAUCAACAGUGGAGGGAAUAAGAACAGAUGGAGAGGAAUGGAUGCUUGAUUAUGCUAUGAGACAAGCUAUAUCAAGAUUGGCUCCUAUAGAGAGAAAGAAAGUGGAACUUCUUGUGCAGGCUUUUGAUACAGUUCUUGAUGGUCAUGAGAGUGUUAAACAAACUAAGAGCACUGCCAAAGAAGGAACACUGAGAGUAGAGAAAGACUGUGGAGUCAGCAAAGAUGAGCAGAGGAUCAAAAAUGUCUUUUCAAGCUUUCAAGUACAUCAAAAGGACUUGAAACAAGAAGAGAAAGUUGAUAACCUCCGGAACAAUGUUGAAGCUGCCAUUGAAGGAACAGUGAGAGGAGAGAAAGAUUCUGAAGUCAGCAAAGAUGAGCAGAGAAUUGCAAAUGUAUUUUCAAGAUUCCAGGUACAUCAAAAGGACUUGAAACAAGAAGAAGAGGUUGAUACUCCUCAGAACAAUGUUGAAGCUGACACAGAAGGAACUCUGAGAGCAGAGAAAGAUGAGCAGAAGAUUGCAAAUGUCUUUUCAAGAGUGCAUCAAAAGAAUUUGAAAGGAGAAGAGGAGGUUAAUUCAACGCCGAGGAAAUCCAGCAAUUUACUUCCUCCUAUAGGAAACGUUAAACAGCGGAUCGUGGUUGAGAAAGAGAAAGAUUCAAGAAUGUGGAAGCUCAUCUACAAACACAUGGUGACAGAGAAAGAAGAAGAAACUAGUUCUUCAGUUGAUGGUGAAUGUGAUGAUGAGACUGUUAAUCUUCAGAUUGAUGCUAAAAGAAGCGGAACAGUUACACUUGUUAGAGAAGCUCUUGAGAAGAUUCUCUCUGAGAUCCCAGACAACUCCUCUGAUGAUCAAUCUAUGGACAGCGCUACGGAUCAAGAACUAAUGGAAAGAAACUCUCAAGUCAGUGAAGAGCCGUCGUCUACCAACUCAAAACCAAAGUCUAAAGUGAAAGGAUGGAACAAUGUGAAGAAAGUCAUCCUUCUAAAGAGAUUCGUCAGCGAUUUAGGAAGACUCAGCCCCAAGACGCCACGGUUCUUGCCUUGGGAGCCUGAUCCAGAAACAGAAAAGAUCCGUCUGAGGCAUCAAGAGAUUGGAGGGAAGAGAAACUCAGAGGAAUGGAUGCUUGAUUACGCUCUGAGGCAAGCCAUAUCUACGUUACCACCGUCUCAGAGAAGAAAAGUCUCUCUUCUUGCACAGGCUUUCGACACUAUAAGCUUUUCUUCGACUCCAGGUUCGGCAGCAACGUCAAGGAACAUCUCUCGUCAGUCCAGCCUUUCUUCUAUGACGACGGUUCAGAGUGAAAAUGAAGGUAACGCUGAGAUACUAAGAGGUAAACUGAGAAAGCUACAAGAGGAUCUCAAAGAGACUACAAAAGUUGAUGGUGAUUUGGAGGAGAAACAAGAGUGUUCGAGCUUGUGGCGGUUGUUAUGCAAACAGAUGGAAGACAACGAGAGAAACCAGACAUUGCCUAAAGAAGAACAAGAAUCAGAGGAUGACACAACAAGUAUGGAUGGUGAGAAAAUGGAAGUUUACAAAACCGAAGCGGUGGAGCUAUUAGGAGAAGUCAUAGAUGGAAUCUCACUUGAAGGAGACACAAGACAGAAGAGUGAAACUUCACAGGCAUCAUCACAAGUGAGGAUUAACAGAUGGAGCAGCGUCAAGAAAGCAAUGCAACUCAGGAAAUUCGUCAAAGCGUUGGAGAAUGUGAGGAAGUUCAACCCAAGAGAGCCUCGGUUCUUGCCAUUGGACCCUGGUGUUGAAGCAGAGAGAGUGAACCUUAGGCAUCAAGAAACUCGAAACAAGAGAAACGGGGACGAGUGGAUGGUCGAUAACUCGCUUCAAGAAGUUGUUUCCAAGCUUACACCAGCUCGGAGAGAUAAAGUUAAGUUGUUGGUUCAAGCUUUUGAGUCACUCUCCGCUACAGGGAACUGAGGCAAACAAUGUCUUGUCGCACCGUUUCCCAUUCAUAAGAUUUUACAGCCAGGAACCAUGAAGAACGAGAUGGGCAUGCAAAGACUAAAUCAAGGAACUGGAAAAUAACUAAAGACAUUAAUAGUCUUUGCAAUGAUUUAUACUUUUUUUUUUGUUCUUGCAAUGACAAUUCAUUAUGUUAGACAUACAUGUAAUGUGUGUACAACAAUACAAAAGGACGGUACUAUAUUGUUAUUAUUAUCAGAAGGAGUUGAAUUACAAAGUUAUCCAAUCUUUUUAUGAUUGCGGGAAA